AUGCCAGCCCCGCCUCUCCGUCCGCGUGCGUCUUCCCACAAUCUUCUCCCUUCUGCCGCUGCGCACGCUUUCCCGCCGUAUGCAGCUCCUGUUCUGCCGGUUGGCGGCAGCGGAACGGUUUUUUAUCGCCCUGGUCCUGCGCCGACCUCGUGUCGGACGUCGCAUCUCCACGGAGAAGUGACGGGAAAGCAGAGUCUCUGCGGGACGGAGGGACAGCCUUGGAAGAGCGCUCGACGAGACUCGCGCGCUGCCUUCGAAGGCGAAUGCGCGACCGCCGCGUUUUCUCCGCUUUUACCCGGCGAGGAAACCCGCGGGCGUGCAGGGAGAAGGGAACGCACGUGCGAAGGUGACCAUCAAGAGGGGGAGAGCAGUGAGCCGUGGAGGACAGCGCAAAGCGCAGAUCCAGGCGAAGACGGAGGGCGACGGGGCGGGCUGUCCGUCUUAUCGGGGGCUGGUGUACGUACACCUGGUGGCGGGAGACACCGGGACUUUUUCCCGUCUUUUCACUUCGAGUCAGGUGGAAAGGAAAACCAAAGGCCUGCGAAUGCCUUCUCCCCGCAAGGCCAGCCAGAGGGCGAGGCAACUGAGAGUCCGAGUCUCUCAGCGGGCCCCUGCCUCCUUCGCUCGCGGCCAGGAAAUGCCUCGCCGCUGCCGGAGACGUUCCACGGCUCGAGUGUAUGUACACCCCGUCCCUCUCCUGGUGGCAAGGAGGAAGCGACUAGCGGUCACCGCUUCCGGAGUGCCAACGACUUUCUCGCUUCUGGUGAUGCAGCCACAGCGAAGCCGACGUCUUUCGGGCCUGCCUUCUAUGCGGAAGACACCCGGCACGCAGCUUUUCCUACGCCGUCCAAUCUCCCGUUCUCUUCUUCCCCGUCCUAUCUGCCCUCCGCCGCAGACGCUCCACAGCCGCUUUAUCCGGAGGACGAGCAGCCGCUGUAUCAGCGCGUGCGCCUGCAGCUCCUUUCUCUGCAGUACACUGAAAAAUUCGACCCGGUCAACACGCGCCUGGUCAGCAGGCUGCUCCAGGAUGUCGUGAAGGCUGUUGAAAAUUUCCAGCUCCUUAUGAAAAAGUACAAAGAUCUCCAGGCUCAGUGUCUGAGCGAGCGCGAGGCGAGCUUGCGCGCUGAGCCUGCGUGCGCGCGCUUCGAGGCAGAGGCGAAGGAGGCGAAGGAGCGCACCCGCGGGGCGGAGCGCGCGCAGGACGAAAAAGCGGCCCUGUGGGAGAGAGAGAAGAAGGAGAAGGCGCAGACAAUCGAGACGCUGAGGGGAUUGCUGGCGAGGGCGCGGGAGGAUCGCGCGAAAAUCGAGGAAAAACUAAAACAACAGGAAGUCCAGGGCAUGCAUGCCAGGCGCUUCCAGAGUUUUUCGCGCUCGCCUUCGCGUCCACGCCGCUCGCUCUCGUCUGUCUCCCAGCGAGCCGUGCAAGACGACAGGCGGGAGAAGAACGAAGGCCGCAGCGAAGAAGGGCGCCCUUUUGAAGGCUCGAAGAAGGACGACGCAGAGCUCCGCCUGUACCGACAGCUGACCGAGACGCUGCAGAAAAAAGUCGAGCGCAUAGAAAAGCAGCGGAAAGAAGAGGCACGCGAGAGAGAAGCGAAGCGCGAGGGAGCAGACGGACAGGACGUCUGGAAGGAACAGCUGAGAGAAAAGGAAGAAGAAUGCAGGACUCUGACCAAGCGCCUCGCCGCCCUCGACGCGCGCUACCAGGCGCUGAAGCAACGCGCCGCGGCUUCUGGGCUCGCCGCUCGCGUUGAGAAGGAGAAAGUGAAGGAGUCUGACACUCGGCGCCGGUCGCGGGUGUUUCGCGCGGGGGAGGAGGCGGGCAGCGAGAGCUGCUCGCCGGCGGACUCGCUUUUUUUCAGCGGAGAAGAAGCCGCGCAGCGAGCUCAGCCAGAGCCUGCACCGGCGAGAGAAGAGGGGACACGCCAAGAGGGGAGGUGUGACGGCAGCGAAGAGCGCGAGCGAGGAGAGAGCGAUUGCGCCAAGAUGGAAGCGGAGAUCGCAGCCCUCGUCGCGCAAGCCGCAGACCUUCAGACUCGAGAGCAAGAGGCUGCGACGGAGGCGACGAAGUGGCAGGCCACGGCGCGAGCGGAGUCUGAGGCAAGGCGGGAGGCUGAGCAACAGGUCGAGGGACUGACGAAGCGCGUGGAGGCGCUCCAACGCGAGAUCGACGAGGCGAGAGGACGCUUGGCGGCGGCGGGCACUGAGGGAGGCAACUCCGCGUCUUCUCGGUUUCCUGAAAACUCGGAACUUGGGCAGCUGCGCGAGAGGCUCCACGCGGUCCAGGGGGCACUCGAGCGCGAGCAGGUGCGGAGUGCGCAGAAGGACUUGUUGAUCGGUCGGCUGGAAGUUGCGCUGACGGAGAUCAGGGAGCAAGUGAAAAGCAUCGUGGAGCGGAACGAAGCGCUGCAGGACCAAGUCCGCUCGAAAACCGAGGCGGCGAUUGAGAUGGAAAAAAAAGCAGAGCUGCAGAUGCUCAGGCUGGACGCGGCAGAGCCUGCGCGAGAGCGGAAAGAGGCCUUUCCCGAGGUUUCUUCCCUUCUGCCUUCGUCUGGGCGCGGAGAGUCGGUGGAGGCUGAGGUCGCGCAACUAGAGCAACAGGUCUCGCGCCUGUCGCAGCUGCUGGCGGCGGUUGAGAAGAAUCGCGGCAGCGAGGUCCGCGGUCUGACAGCGCAGCUGGUUGCGGCUGAGAAUAAAAUCAUGGGCCUCGAGAAAGAGGCUAGCCAACACCAGAGGCGGGAGUCUCUUCGGCUGGAUCGUGAGCUCGAGCGCCUCCGCGAAGAACUGCUGCUAUCCGAUAGAGAAAGGGACUCCCUCCGCAAAGAGCUCGAGGAGAAGGAGGAAGCGGCGGCCGCCAUGGAGCGGCUGGUGGCGCAGCGCGAGAAGGAAAAGAGCGCGAUUCUCUCGGACUUUGAGAAGAGUCGAGAAGCGGCCGCUGCGGAGCGCGAGGCGGUGACGAGCCGCGCAGAGCAAGUGGAAUCGCAUCUGCAGGAAAUUCGCAUUGAGCGAGAUCUCCUUCAGCAGCGAAUUGCGGAGAUGCGAAGCGAAGUCGAGGCCUUGAGUCGUGUGAGCGAAGAAAAUCGCGCGCUGGCUGGUGAGGCGGAGCGUCUGCAGCGAACGCGCGAGGAGCUCGAAGAACAGCUGCGCUCUCAGCGACUUGCGCAUGAGCAGGUCAUUCAGGAGCUGCAGAGUAUGCAAACGAGACAGGAACAGACAAUGGCGCUCUGCUCCGAGCUGACCCUGGAGAGAUCUGAGGCCGUUGAGGCGGCAGAGACACACGAGCGUCGGGUUGCAGAGUUGGAGGCCGAACUGGCUCUGAUGGCGGAGCGGCAGCACCAGGUGCUUCAAGAGCUCGCCGCGACGCAGCGCGCCCAGCGGCAGGCUGAGGAGGACUACUUCGUCCUUCUUCGAAAAAUGGAAAAUCUAACUGAACAAAUCGCCUCUGCGCCUUCGACAAGCGAACCAGCCUCCCUUCUUCACUGGCGGUCGACUGCGCCUUCCCUUUCCACUCCACAGGCACUUUGA